UCACUGAUUAACAGUAGGAUUUUGUAAUGUCCAGUGGGAGCUUUUUGAGGCUUCUAAGAUGAAGAAAUUUCUGUCUCUUUAGUCUUUCACUUGCUAUGGAUCCAGAAGCUGCACGGAAUGCCCGAGAUUCACUAGAGUUGGCAUUUCAUAUGUCAAACAUUCUUGAGACGGGUCUUGAUCGACACACCCUCUCCAUUCUCAUUACCCUUUGUGAUAUGGGUCUGAAUCCGGAGGCCCUUGCUGCACUUGUUAAGGAGCUCCGGAGGGAACCCUCUUCAUCUCCCUCCACAACCACAAAGUCAUCAUCAGCCCUUGAAUAGGUUAGUCUAUAUUCCAUCAUUCUUUUAUAAUUUUGGCUAUACAUAUACCAUCUUUUUUUUCUUCACCCAUAUUUGUUUCAGGCUCUGCUUUC